AUGCCUCCCAAGGUCCAAUACAGUGCUGCUACGACUUCUCGUAUUACAAAGAGACUACUUGGGACCAGUCCAAAGAAACAAAAUUUGCGUAAGUUACUUCCUUCACAACAGACAAGGGUGAACGAGCUGACACCCCGAGAUGGUGGACCCAAAACACAAGCACUAGAAAUCGUUAACUACGACGUGGAUUUCGAUUACCAGCUUAGUCGUAAAGAUGAUGUUCUUGUUGCUAUCUCCGCAAUAACCGAACAUUUGUGGUUUAACGAUGGGGAUAUACCAUUGAAGGGACUCUCUACACCAGUACGAGAUGAAAUCAUGGAGUUCAGACGGCAAUUACCUGCUGAUAUAAUCACCGUCAACCAGUUAUACACGUUGUUUGAGGGGGAAGGAAGGACAUUUGUUGAUAAGCUGUUGGAAUUAGGGGUUAGAGAGGGAACAGUUCGUAAGUUUGUUAUUAGUAAUGCAUCGCCAGUCAUACUGAAUAACACCAAAUUUCAAAAGGUAUCGUAUGGAUACGAGAACAUAGAGGUUAUCUGUCGAGCGGAGUCAUACAUUCCCUUGUUUAUAAGUACAGAAGAGUUAUCCAAAGAGGACUUGGAUGUAUUGAUUCAGUAUGGGUUUGUUACAUUAAGCUCAAAUCAUUUGAAUGAAAUAGAAAACUUGUAUGCCAUUUCAUAUCCCAACUGUGGUACGUUUCUUAAGUUGGUCAAGAACGGCAGGAUGUGGGUCGUGAAGACAUUAAAUGGUUGUCGAUACAAAGAAGCAAUUGAAGACCUUUUGGUGUCUAAAUGGGAAGGUGGACCGAAGAUGACGAAUAUGCGCAAGCCAUAUUAUGGGUACGAUUUGGAUUGGGUUCUUGCGGAUGCUUUGGGAGCUGGAAUAGUUGAAGUGUUUAACACUCCCGUUGGUAGGGGCUGGAAGCUUACAGGUAAAAUUUAA